AUGUCGCCGCAUGCCGUGCAUACCGUCCCUUCUGGGGAAAAUAACUGGUGGAAGGAAGCCACCGUGUACCAGGUCUACCCUGCCUCGUUCAAAGAUUCCAAUGGAGACGGCUGGGGGGAUAUUCCUGGACUAAUCUCCAAAGUCCCCUACCUACACUCGCUAGGCGUGGAUGUUGUCUGGUUAUCACCCAUGUAUGAUUCUCCUAUGCAUGACAUGGGCUAUGAUGUGUCCGACUAUGAAAAUGUAUUACCGGCUUAUGGUACUGUCGAAGAUAUUGAGCGACUUAUAGACGCCUGCCAUGAGCGGGGCAUGAAGUUGAUCCUGGACCUGGUUAUCAACCACACUAGCGAUCAGCACAAAUGGUUCCAAGAGAGUCGCAGUAGUAAAGAUAACGACAAGAGAGAUUGGUACUUCUGGCGCCCACCUCGGUAUGAUGAAGAUGGAAAUCGAUUGCCCCCGAGUAACUACCGCGGGUACUUCGCCGGUAGCACUUGGACAUGGGACGAACACACACAGGAGUAUUAUCUCCAUCUAUACGCCAAAGAGCAACCCGACCUGAACUGGGACAACGAGGCGGCACGAAAGGCCAUCUAUGAUAGUGCGGUCCGCUUCUGGCUAGACAAGGGUGUUGAUGGAUUCCGCGUCGAUACUGUGAACAAAUACAGCAAGCACACGAACUUUCCAGAUGUGCAGGUUACUGAUCCCAAAAGUUAUAUCCAGCCCGCAAUCCAGAUGUGGUGCAAUGGGCCUCGGAUCCAUGAGUUUCUGCGAGAGAUGUAUGACGAUGCCUUGCAGCCUUAUGGGGACGUGGUGACCAUUGGGGAGCUAGCCAAUACACCUGACCCCGAGCAUGUCUUGAAGUAUGUCGGUGCGUCCGCUAAGCAACUUAGCAUGGUGUUUCAUCUGGACAUCGGCCAUAUCGGUAUGGGCAAAAGUUUAGAGGACAAGUACAUUUUCAACCCGUGGAAGCUGACAGAGAUGAAAUCCAUCGUGACCAAGUGGCAGUCCUUCAUUGAGGGUACUGACGGGUGGACGACAGCGUUUUGUGAAAAUCAUGAUAACGGUCGCUCAGUGUCACGAUUUGCGUCGGACGCUCCUGAACACCGCGAGCGAUCGGCUAAAAUGCUGGCUCUGAUGAUGAUGGCCAUGACGGGGACCUUGUUCCUUUAUCAAGGCCAAGAAAUCGGCAUGAUCAACGCCCCGCGCGACUGGUCAGUCGACGAAUACAAGGAUAUUGAAGGUCGCGGAUACUAUGAAGAAGCAGAGCGACAGCUUGCGGCAGGUGUUGAUGCAACACGUAAGGAUCGCAUUAUGGACGGACUGCGGAUUCUGGCACGCGAUCAUGCCAGACUGCCGAUGCAGUGGGACGAUUCACCCCAUGCUGGUUUUACCACGGGGACCCCGUGGAUGCGCGCCCAUGAUUUGUACCCCGAAAUCAAUGUACAGAAACAGUGGGAUAACCCGGAGAGCGUGCUAUCCUUCUGGAGGUCCGUACUGCGGCUGCGCAAGGAGUACCGAGAGGUGUUCAUUCACGGAGCAUUUGAGGUUGUGGACUUCGACAAUCAGCAGACUUUCUGCUUUAUUAAGUCAAGGAAUGAGAAAAAAGCACUGGUUGCGUUGAAUUUCACGACCGAAAACCAGCCAUUUACACAGGCCGUGACGACAGAACAGAUGAAGCUGCUGGUCAGCAACUAUGCGGAGCCAUUGCCUGAGACAUUGCAACCGUUUGAGGGUAGAAUUUAUAUCUCACAGUGA